UUGUAAACCGCCUCGCGGCUCGCUCCGGCGCGUGCGCACUUUCCCAUCUGCCCGCCGCUGCUCCCUAACGGCCGCUCUGCGUGUCAUCCGCCCCCUCCCCCCUCCGCUCCCAUUGACAUUUGGGGGAUGUCAGGGGCCCGCGAGGUGGUGACGCUCCAGUUGGGCCACUACGCGGGGAGCGUCGGUGCCCACUGGUGGGGGCUUCAGGAAGCUUCGUUCUGCUUGGAUUCUGCAACUGCACAAUCAGAUGAAGGGAUCUGCCAUGACGUCCUCUUCCGAGGAGGAAGAACUCUCCAGGGGCGAGAGACAUACACACCCCGCCUCAUCCUUAUGGACCUCAAAGGGAGCCUGAGUUCUUUGAAGCAGGAGGGAUGCCUGUAUGCAGAUGCAAAGACAAAUACCCCUUUGACAUGGAAGGGAAAUCUGACGACGCACCGAGAAGACCCAUCCCCUGCCAACCCUUUCCUGCCAGACCUCAACAGGUUAGAGGAUAACAGACCACCCCAUGGCAGUUUUGCUCCAAGGACCCUUCCUGGUGACAGACCUCCGCUCCGUGAGAGGCAGGAUGAGACUUGCUCAGAGAGCAGGACAGGCUUCUGGUCGGAUUUCCUCUGCACACACCUACACCCUCGUAGCAUAGUAACCAUCCACCAGUACAAUCACGAUGGGGAUUGCAGCCGGCUGGAGACUUUUGGACAAGGGGAAAAGCUGCUACAAGAGGGCACAUACCUUGAGGAGCUCGAAGACAGGCUCCACUUCUAUGUGGAAGAGUGUGACUACCUGCAGGGAUUCCAGGUUCUCUGUGACCUGCACAACGGAUUUUCGGGGGUUGGGUCAAAGGUCACGGAGCUGCUUCAGGAUGAGUACGCAGGGAAGGGAGUCCUGACAUGGGGGCUGACGCCGGUGCUUAAUGCAGCCAUUCCACAAAGGAAUUUUUACAGGCUCAUGAACACAGUCUUGGGGUUCGUCCGUCUUUCCAGCCACAGUUCGCUCUUCUGCCCCUUGUCACUAUACGGAAGCCUGGGACUCAGACCAGCGCCCCCCGUCACACUCCCAUAUGUUCACUAUCAGGCAACACUGGACUAUCAUACAAGUGCCAUCCUCGCCACAGCCCUGGACACGGUCACUGCUCCCUACCGGCUCCAGACGUCAGCCAUCUCCAUGUCACAUCUUGCCGAGGCCCUGAAUUUCUCUGGGCGGAAGGUAGCAGCUGCAGUAGCAGCUGUACCAUUUCCUGUGGCACAGGAGCAGUCCCUUCCCGAUGCUCUGUGCAACCAGCAGUCUGCCAUGCCCUGGAGCCCACUGUCUUCAUGUGGCGAGCAAAGAGAGAGCCACUGUUUUGCUCAGUCUGUUGUGCUGAGAGGAAUCAACAAGGAGCACCAAGUGAGCAAUUCCCCUGCAGGCUCUGAGCCGAAGUCUGUCCUCCACAUGUGCGAGACGGGACAGGAGGUGCUGGCCCGCUACUUGUACACCAUCUCCCCCAGAACCUUGAGCACAUCACACUUACUUCGAGGCCCUUGCAAGCUGCUGGCUCCCUACCCCCAGUACUUCUCUCCUCUCCUCAACAAGGAUGGAUUCCUCUUGGAGAAGCCUUCAAGCGCUUCAGCAGCUGUUGAAAGUAUCCCUGUCUUUGGAGCCCUCCAGUCCUUGGCUAUCCUGCGUAAAACCCUUGGCAGUUUCUACGAAGAGUUGCGCCAAGUUGACGUCCGGCGAUGGGAAAGCUUUUUCUCAGUAGGAGUUGAAAUGGAUGACUUUGAGGAAGCUGUGGAGGAGCUGAGGACACUGUCCCACUGUUACAAAGAGAGCGGGGGCUCAGCAGCAGAUUCGGAGGAUGAGGCGGACUGAGUGCAUGCGUAUUUUCUGCAGUGCCUUUGAACAGGAAAACAUCUACUAGCCCUUGCUCGCAUUUAUAAAAACAAUAAAUCCCCUAAUACCUCUCCUC